AUGGCUGGUUCUGCUCCUCUCACGAGUUCUCAAUUGACGACAGCAGAAUGGGUCUUCUCCUUCGGGCUAGUAACGUCGUUGUUCUUCACCUGGGGGUUUGCCUAUGGCCUCCUGGACGUUUUAAAUGCACACUUUCAACAUAUCUUCGGGAUCACUAGAACCCAGAGCACCCUUCUCCAGCUAGCGUACUUCGGAGCAUACAUCGUCUUCUCGCCGUUCGCUGGCAUGUUCAUGAGGAGAUGGGGAUACAAAGCUGGAAUUCACCUUGGAUUGACGCUGUACAGCCUUGGUGCGGUGUUUUAUUGGCCUUCAGCCAAGUUCGAGGCGUAUGGCGGUUUUGUUGGCUGUACCUUUGUCAUAGGGUGUGGGUUGGCUACGCUCGAGGUUGCUGCCAAUUCCUAUAUCGCCGUUCUUGGGACACCAAGAUACGCUGCGGCUCGACUUAAUUUCAGCCAAGGAUUUCAAGGAGUUGCUUCCUUCGCAGGACCGCUCAUCGCCUCUCGAUGGUUUUUCCAGGGAGAAAAUGCGACGAGAUUGGCCACAGUUCAAUGGGUGUACCUUGCGGUAUCUGGGCUUGGUGUGGUCUUAAAUGUGCUGUUCUAUUUCUGCAAACUGCCCGAACUCGAGGAAGAACGUGGGGUACAGCAAGUACAAGAACUUAACAGAGACCAAGAAUCGUUUUGGAAGCAAUAUAGAUGUAUCUUUGGCUUUGUCGCUCAAACUGCAUACGUCGGUGCUCAAGUUGGUGUUGCUUCGUUAGCCGUCAACUUCAUGGUUGAACAAGGCGUUGGCAUCAAUGCUUCGCGGGCCAGUCAGCUCUUCUCAUUCUGCCAGAUGACCUUUACGGCGGGAAGGUUUACUGGAGUGCUCAUCCUGAAAUUCGUCGAUCCUGCACUCCUCUUAUCCGUUUAUGGCUUUGCUUGCUGUGCUUUUACUUUGGGUGUUGCUCUUGCAACGGGCCACGCGGGUAUUGGGUGUCUUUUUGGACUCUUUUUCUUCGAGUCAAUUUGUUAUCCAUGCAUUUUCACGCUGGGGACGAAGAACCUGGGAAUUCACACAAAGCAGGGCUCGGGUCUCAUCGUUAUGGGUGUUGGGGGUGGCGCUUGGUACCCUCCUGCACAAGCCUCGGUUGCAGACCGAAUUUCGACUAGAACAUCUUAUCUUGUCCCGCUAUCGGGGUACAUUGCGAUGACAAUGUAUGCUGUGGGAAUGGUGAUUGACCAAGCAAGGAAGGAUGCCUUCCACUGGAAGAACAUUGAUGAAGACAAGCAGAGAGAGCCAAGUUCCCCAGUUGACUCAGAACGAGACAGCAAAGACAAGGAAGUGGCCUCUGUGAAGAUCGAAAACUUGGGUGACUACGGAAAGGCUGUAUGA